AUGGACGAAGUGCUCAAGAUACUAAAGCUUGACGACGAGUUGUCUGCGCUUCUAGCUAAUCCGAAAUUGAGCAUUUGGAUUCAGUAUGGUCGACUCGUCGGUAAGGAGAACAAACUCUCAAGCUCGCCUGUCAUAGCAGAGCUGACCAAGCGCUACGGAGUUGCGAAGCUAUCUGAGUCGAUUCAAGCACCAAAAAAGUCUGUGUGGACGAGAAAGAUCGCGCAAGAGCUUCAAGACUUGAAGCUAAAGCAGUGGCUGGAUGCAAAAACAGAUCCAAAGGUUGUGUUUGUCCUACUGGGUUUGAAAAUGUCGAAGCCGGUUCUCGAAAGCAGUCCGAACACGCCGGUUUUCGCUAGAUACUACAAGAUAUUUAGCGAACUCCAUUUAAAAGCCUAG